UCUUCUUUCUUCUGGUUUUUUGUUAUUCUUGCUGAACACAUUCUUUCUAUAUACUGUCUCUCGGGAAUAAUACCUAAAUGGAUCGACAUAACUCCUCAACGUUGUCCAAUACCGGAUUUUCGAGUGAUUCUUUACCAAAAGAUAUCCACAUCAAAAAUAACACAAGAAUGGAUGAAGAAAUACCUUCUCGCUCUUAUUAUUCUUCCCAUAUCCAUAUCGAAGGCCCAGUCAAUGAAGAAGCGCGCUAUUCUGCCUCUUUGGAAUCGAUUCGCGCGCAUUCUUUAGCAUUAGGUGAUAGAUAUAUGCAAGAAUCAAGUCCGGCUAAUUCACCACCAGCAAUUCAUCAAAGCGACGACAAGUUUUUGAAUCCGAUAUCACCCGUGUCGCUUCCAGAAAGCAAGACGCAUUCGAUCUUGUCCAACCUGUUGCAAAGAGACCAUUCCAACCGAAUUGAAGAGGAAGAAGAACAUGAAGAGAAUGAAACAGAAGAAAGACAACACUUGUUAUCACCGUCCUCUUCGUCUUCAACCAGGAAGAAAUUAAGCAGCAACUAUCUCUCGAUUCACGAUGUGGAUCCAGAAAUAGGAGGCCAGGCUCAAGAAGAACAGGAUUCGAGAAAAGAUUAUUAUUAUUAUCGUCAUUGUCUUAGUUGGAAACAGUUAAAGGAUCCACAAGUCUGGAUUGGUUGUUUCACACAGCCAUUGAGUUAUAUACCUGCAGUCAUUCUGGGUUUGUUGUUGAAUUUGUUAGAUGCUAUUUCGUAUGGUAUGAUCACAUUUCCACUCAAUAAUCCCAUGUUUGCUGCCUUUGGUCCAGAUGGUAUUUCCAUGUUCUUUGUGAGUUGUAUUAUUUCUCAACUUGUUUAUUCAUGUGGUGGUAGUGUAUUUGAUGGUGGUAAUGGAAGUAUGAUGAUUGAAGUUGUUCCCUUUUUGCAUAUCAUGGCAGAGAAGAUUGUAGAAACAGUGGGAUCAGAUCGUCCAGAUGUUGCUAUACCCUCUACUGUUGUUGCAUUUGCCAUUAGUAGCAUCAUGACAGGUCUUGCAUUUUUCUUGCUCGGUGCCCUCAAGCUUGGCAAGUUAAUCGGCUUCUUUCCCCGACACAUCUUGGUUGGUACCAUUGGUGGUGUUGGCUGGUUCCUGGUGGCAACCGGUAUUGAAGUAUCUGCUCGAUUGGGCGAGGAUCUCGAAUACACGAUACCCAUGUUCAAAAAGAUCUUUCUGGACUCACACACGUUCUCGCUUUGGUUCUCGACAUUUGCUGUUGCUAUCGUGUUAAGACUAAUUCAAUAUCGUAUCACAUCUCCUUUGGUUGUACCUGUGUUUUUUAUGGUGUUACCAUUCGCAUUUUAUCUCGUUGUGUUUGUCUUAGGAUUCGAUGUCAAUCAAGUGCGUGAAGCUGGCUGGAUCUUUCCACUGGUUGAGAGUAAUACGCCAUUUUGGCAUUUCUAUACCUACUUUAAUCUCAAGAUGGUAGACUGGCGUGCUGUAGCAGAGACCAUUCCUGCAAUGUUGGCAUUAACCUUUUUCGGCGUCUUGCAUGUUCCUAUUAAUGUUCCUGCUCUGGGUGUUUCAACAAACAAGGACGAUGUGGAUGUGAACCGAGAAUUAGUGGCUCAUGGUAUUUCAAAUGCAGUAUCUGGAUUGUUUGGUUCAGUACAAAAUUAUCUUGUGUACACCAAUUCGUUGCUUUUCAUUCGCUCGGGAGGUGACAGUCAUGUGGCAGGCGUUAUGUUGGCCUGUGCCACAGCUAUCCUGUGGAUGAUUGGCCCUUGGAUUGUUGGCUAUAUUCCAGUCAUGGUUGUAGGUAGUUUGAUUUUCCAUUUGGGUCUGGACUUGCUCAAGGAAGCUUUGGUUGAUACUUGGCGUUCUGUUCACUAUUUUGAAUACAUUACUAUCUGUACCAUUAUUGCUAGUAUGGCCAUCUUGGGCUUUGUCGAAGGUAUCUUUGUUGGUAUCAUUAUGGCCUGUAUCUUCUUUGUUGUUCAAAACGCACGUCGUAACAAGGCUAUUCGUGCCAUUUAUACAGGUCAAUACAUGCGCUCUACUGUCCGAAGACUGUAUCGUCAAGAACAAUUCUUGAACCAAGUAGGCGGUCAAAUUCAGAUUAUCAAGUUACAAGGCUACUUGUUUUUUGGAACUGUGGAUCAGUUAGAAAGUGCUAUUCGCCAUAUGCUGGAUGAACACAAUUGGGAUAAGCAUCCUAUCCGGUUUCUUAUCUUGGAUCUUCAACUUGUCCAAGGUCUUGAUUUUAGUGCGGCUGAAGCAUUUGUUCGUAUUCGUCGAUUAUUGCGUGCUCGCCAAGUGUACAUGAUUGUUUGUAAUGUAGCUCGUCAUUCAGAUGAAGAAAAGGCCUUGAUGAAAGCCGGUGUUUGGUCUCAUCAUGAUCAACAACAUGGAGAUAGUGAUCUGAAAUGUUUUGAGCAUAUUAAUGAAGCUGUCGAAUGGUGUGAGAAUGUCUUGUUGACGAGUUUCUUUGAAAAAAAAGCCAAGCAUAUUUUAUCAGGCACACCUGCUUCUACUUUGCCUGUUCCAAGCAAGCAGUAUGAUUAUUCUGACCUGCUUGCAUCUGCUGGCUCACCUCGUCAUAACAUUAUUUCAGAUGCUAUCCAUUACGUCUUUAGUGAAACAAAUGGCCCCAUUGUUCACAAGAACACAAGUCAGCCUACUCUUAUUCUUGUUCAAACAUUUGGUGAAAUCAAUCAAGGCAAAUCACCCAUUGAAUUCUUCCAUAAGCUCAGCAAGUACUUUGAAAGAGCUACAGCUACCAAAAAUGAUACCCUGUAUCGCGAAGGUGAUACUUGUAAAUAUCUUCUUGUUCUUGAACAAGGCUCACUUCGUAGCUUGAUGCAUGUCUUGAAAGACGAGGUGACAGUCGAAACCAUUUUGCCUGGCACUGUAGUAGGUGAAUUAGGCAUGUUUGGACACAACCUUGUGCGUACACGGUCUUUGAUUGCUGACUCAGACUCUGUCUACUGGAAACUGACACGCGAGUCAUUUGAUCAGAUGCGCAAAGAAGAUCCUGAUUUAGCAAAUGAAUUUAUCUUGUUGACUUUAUACUUUUCUUCUGAAAGAUUGGACACCAUGACGCGAUAUGCUUUCCAUUUACAUUAAGUAUCUCUUUCUUGGCAGAAAUAAACAUGCAUGCAGUCUUAUCUGUUCAUUUCAUAUAUUGCAAUUGUGGCCUCUUUUUGGUUAGCCUGAGAAAAAAAAGAG